AUGGCGCGCCAGAAACAAGCUGCGCCUUUGCAACGCGCCACGUCCUCUGAACUGAUGCAUAUGCCUCCGGAUGAUGCGCAGUCGCUGGAUAAGAAGAUGAAUGGGAAAUCUUCCGUCACAAAUGGAAGUGCUUCUGGAAAGCAUGCGGCGCAGGACAAUGCGCCGGACACCCCCGGCUUGAUGCAGCUUGCGAUCUGUGUUCUUGGAAUCUACGCUUCAUUUCUUUCCUGGGGUGUGCUUCAAGAAGCCAUCACCACCGUAUCCUAUCCUACUCAUCCUCCGACUGCUGAAGUCCCCGAACCACCGACAGAGCGCUUCACCUAUUCGAUUGUCCUGAACACGAUCCAGUCGACCUUUGCCGCCAUCACCGGCUUCCUGUACCUGUUCUUUUCGACUCCGUCCAGCCAGAAGAUCCCCUCUCCCUUUCCAACCAAGAAAAUCGUCUUUCCCUUGCUCCUGGUCAGCAUCUCCUCGUCUCUCGCAUCGCCCUUCGGAUAUGCCAGUCUCGCGCACAUCGACUACCUCACCUUCAUUCUCGCCAAAUCGUGCAAGCUCCUGCCCGUCAUGUUCUUGCACCUGACCAUCUUUCGCAAGAGAUACCCUCUGUACAAGUACGGUGUCGUCCUCCUGGUCACCCUCGGAGUGGCUACAUUCACCCUUCACCACCCCGGCACCAGCAAGAAGGUCGCCGCAUCAGCUGCCAAGGGCCAGUCCGGCUCAAGCACAUGGGGAAUCUUCCUUCUUUCCAUCAACCUGCUCCUGGACGGCCUCACGAACACCACCCAGGACCACGUCUUCAGCUCUCCGCAGCUGUACACGCGCUUCACGGGACCGCAAAUGAUGGUUGCCCAGAAUGUCCUCUCGACCGUCCUGACGAGCAGCUACCUGUUGAUCAUGCCCCAUCUGUCCUCCACCGGCAUUCUGCACAACCUUCUGCCCUUCCCCAUCCCCCCAUCCACAGAGACGGAGCUGAACUCCGCCAUUGGCUUCCUGUCCCGUCACCCGGAAGCCCUGAAGAACGUGCUCGGAUUCGCCGCCUGCGGAGCCAUCGGACAACUGUUCAUCUUCUACACGCUGUCGCGCUUCUCAUCCUUGCUCCUGGUCACGGUGACAGUCACGCGCAAGAUGCUGACCAUGCUCCUGAGUGUGUUCUGGUUCGGCCACUCCCUCUCCGCAGGUCAGUGGCUGGGCGUGGGUCUUGUCUUUGGCGGUAUUGGCGCUGAAGCUAUCGUCCAACGGCAGGAGAAGGCAGCCAAGGAGCGAGCGAAGGCUGCUAAGAAGCAGUAG